CUCGAGGUUUAAAAUAUCCUGAUAGGCCCUCUCACGAACACGAUGAUAGUGUUUACUUUGUCGCAACUUGACACUGCAGACGAUAAGAACCUGUCGAAUAUCCUUGAUUCCGCAGACAACGGAUAUGAAGCUCACCUUCAAACCACCUCAUGUACGUAACACCGUGAUUACAAAUGAGCAGGGUCAUGUUCUGUACUCGACCUCGACCUCCUUCUCGUUCGGCACUCGUGAGACGGUCGUCAAAAAGCAUGUCCCAAACGAAUUCAAUAUUGGCCGAGUAGAAUCGUCAGAAAUCCUAGCAAAGAUCGAGUGGCACACAUUUACUUCAACUGUCAUCGAGUAUGCCGGGAUGAAUUUGGCGACUUCUCAGUUCAUUCCGACUAAGGGGAUUCUUGGACGGCGGCGCGUUUUCCGAGGUCCUGACGGACACUUAUACAAGUGGAAGAUCGGCCCGCGCGAAUGCAUCCUCAUGCUCGGUGCUACGGAAGUUGCGCGGCAUCACCCGUUGAACCUUGGUUUCAAGAAGGCAGGACAUGAAGCAUACCUAGAGGUCUUUUCGCCAGUCGAACAUAUGGUGGACCUGGUAGUGUUGACGUUCAUAUAUGUCGAGAAACUGCGACGGGGAUCUCAGGAGAGCCCGGGAACGGAUCGCAUGCAUGCACCGAUUGAACCAGCUAAUUAGCUUCAGUAUGAAAGGCUCAUGUGAAGAAGAUUGCAUGUCCCUGUUGAUUCUGUUUCGAUCUUCUGCGACGUCUUCUCACGCAGGGGGACGACGUCC